GCCAGCUAUAACAGCUGCCCUCAGCCGUUGAGAGAGGCCUACGACGUGUGACUGUAGACCUGCUACCUGACCGUGACCCGACAAGUCCCCUACGGUAAAAGUCUUACCAUGCAACGAAGAACAGCGGGAAGACGGUCUCAUGUCCUAGACGAAGCUGCAUUCAUCUCGACACCUCCUCCUCAACUACGUCGGCGAACGAAUACGGACAAUGCCACAAGUCCGGUUCCUCUUACGCCAUAUACAGGCAAUACAUAUCAGGGUUACUCUUCAUCAGCGGGUGCACAACAGAGCUACUUUGACCUCAACGAGCGGACGAGAUCUAUAGAUGGAAUCGUGGUCAAGGGGGAUUAUGUCCGUCAACUGCAGCGAGUUGGGAAGCAGUUGAUGGACGGCUUCGAAGACGCAUCCCGUGUAGAUCGAUCUUUAGCAGCUAUACAACGGGAUGCUGAGCUACGCUCAUUAGUGGUCAAGUCGACUGCCGUGAACCUGAUUGCACUGCUGUCAAUCGUAAUCUUUGACUUUCUCCUCCUCCCGAGCCUGCGGCACAACCACGCAUCGGCUUUCGCUGCAGCUCGAACAAAACGAGUUCGACUUGCCUUCGACAUCUUGUGGAAAUACCCCGUCUUUGGAUUCUGCUUCUGGGUUAACACUUUCUGGUCCAGGGCGAUUUCAAAGCGGGCUCUUAGCAUGCAGCCUUCAUCAUCAAGAGGAAGUAGCGGAGCUCUACCGGAAACAGACUCUCUGGACUUGUCCGACCGGGUAAUCGCUCUGUUACCGCGAUUCCUGAUCAUCGGCACACAUACGACCGUCGGACUGAUCUUGUCCCAGGUACCAUUUAUUGGAGCACCUAUUUCAUUGAUGAUCACUUGUCUCGUAGAUGCGUACUACUGCUUCGAACCAAGCUUCAAGACUCGAGGAUACUCGCUGUAUGCGAUCGGCAGAUACUUCGUGGAUGGCAGGAUCGCGUAUUUCAUAGGGUUUGGCGUCGUCCCUGCUCUGAUGUGCGCUUUUGUGCCGUUCUUGGCCAGCGUUGUCAUAUUUGCGAUUAUCUAUCCUAUCUGCGUGAUCCAAGCACUCCAAGCACGUUCUCGCUUCGUAGAUAUAGCGGCUUCAGUUGAAGAUGGCCUCGACUCGCCCAGUAUCGAAGCUUCCACACCUACCAGAGCGAGACGACCCAACGCCCGAAGUGUCUACAAGCGGUUCUUGCAGGCUUUCUUCUCUGUCGUUAUGUUGUCGAUCAAGAUCGGCGGAGUCGCAGGUCAGAGCUAUUCCGAGGAGCUGACCCUCAAGCCUCUUCCCAAUGGCAAGAUGUCCCUUCUCUUCGAUUUCCGAAUUGAAGCGCCGUCUGCCAGUGAACACUUCCGACUUACACCUCCCAGUCUCCUUCUGCCUCUUCAACACAACAACGUCUCGGAGAUGCACCUGAGUCUCGUCACUGGACGCUGGAAAGCGGAUCAAUGGGGUCAACCCCAGCAUUCGGAAGUCGCUGGUACUGGAGCCGAGCUGAGGGCUUGGUUUCGAGACGAAGAACCCGAAGACCAUUGGAAAACGAUGACCAAUUCACUUGCUGGAUUGUUCUGUUCUUCUCUGGGUCAAAUCGAUGCCUCUAUCACCGCGUCACCUGAAGACAUCUUCCCUGAUUCGAACAUUGAAGGCCUUUCAUUUCGUCAUGCGCAACUACCAGCAGAGAAUCUUUGCACCGAGAACUUGACCCCCUUUCUCAAGCUCUUGCCUUGUAAAGGCCUCUCCGGCCUGUCCGCUUUGAUGAAGCCAUACGUCCUACUGGCCCACGAAUGGCAUGCUAUGGGAGUGGACUAUGUCGAUCACGCGGGAAUGACCACAUUGGGCUUGCGAUGGGAAGCUGUGGUCGAUCUCACAAAAGGCAAGGUGGAAGAUGCCAAAAACUUAGACUUUUCGGUCUCUUCCAUCUUUGACCGUGUGCUACCAAGUGCAUGUCCGGCUGCCGACUCGUCCCGCAUUGUGGUCUCGCCGAGCUCGGGGACCAAGGUAAUCAUCCUGGACGAUGCAGGGGCUGUCCAUCCUGAUGGAGGCCUUAACUGGACGCUUGAUCGAUCUUUCAGUGGUAAGGAUAUCAAGCUGCGUACUUUGGGCCAAGUUCGUCCUGUUCCUGCUGAGGCAAUUGCAGUGUCUCGCACGCUUGUGGGCUCUACACACUCCAAUUCGGGCUUCUCUACCAACAUCAGAAACAAUCUCGACUCGGUCCGUCAGGUCGUCUACACUGAAGAACUGCCUUGGUGGAUUCGUCUGUGGAUAAGCGAGAUCGACGUCAAGGUUCCAGGUCAUUCCAGAGAUGAGGUACUCAGAGCCAUGACCCUUCAUCCUUCAAUCCCGCGAACUCGCCCUACGGUACUUCAGCUCCAGCUCGACAUUCCUCCAGAGAGCCAGGUCGAAAUACGCAUCCCAUUCUCCAAGGAAUACAUCAGGUACACAGAACACUUGCCUGAUGCUAGCCGUGGGUGGGAGCUGCCUCCGGCGAUCAUCUUUUUGGCCGACCAAGCCUACUCGAUUGGUAUGGACACCGAUCUCGCCGGCUCGAGUGGCGGUAGUCGACGGAGGCGCCUUCGACUAUAUACCUCGAAAUUGCUCGUCGACCUGCCAACGCCGGAUUUCAGCAUGCCAUAUAACGUCAUCAUCAUGACAUCCACCCUGAUAGCCCUAUUCUUCGGGAGUAUCGUCAACCUCGGAGUCCGAAGAUGGGGUAUCGUUGCUAUAGAACAACAGUCGAAGGUCCAGACGAAUCAGUAGAUGCGAACUCGCCUCGAGAUCAUAUUCAAGGAUGUUGUAUCGUUUAGCCCUAUGCAUAGAAUGCAUUAGGGGCCCAUUCCGCUCGUG